CGACGCUUAGUUCGACAGGUCUUUACGACAUGGGCAUCCUCGUUCUGCUUGCGUUCUACGCGACACCUGCCAGCAGUGCGCCUGGUGUCGGGCGCUGGGCGCCACUGCUGCGGGAGGGGCUCCUGUUCGGCAGCUACAAAGACCACCACACGCGGUCGGUCGGGCUGGAGCACCCCGUGGAGACCUUCCGCUUCGUACGCACGGAGGACGGCGGCGUCGCCACGGUCGGCAGCGGCAGCGGCCGCAACGAGUACUUUGUGCGCCCUGACGGGGUGCUGCAGCACGUGCAUGCCGAGGGGAUCACGGCGGAGCUGCGCGGGGAGGGCGAGGAAGCGGAGUUCGUGUGGAGCCACGGCUACAAGUCCGCGGCGUUCCCCAGCGACAAGCCGCCGAAGGUGGAGGUGACCGACUGCACGCUCGUCAAGGCGCACGCGGCCGAGUCCGUCAAACUCCUGCCCGAGGUGGCGCAGGCGCUGCGCGCGGGCCGGACCACGCCGCUGCUCCUCGCCUCGCCCCCCGGCUAUGCGAUCGUGCCCAAGACCGACGAGCCGCAGCGCAUCGACGAGUGGGGCGUCAACUACCAGCAGCUCGGCAUCGGGCCAGCGUCGGAGGCCCUGCAGGCGAAGAUGCGCGGCAAGUUCCUCCUCUCGCAGCACCGCGCGACGCGCGACUACGUGCUCGACGUGCCCUUCGCGACGUACAAAGUGCACUGCGAGGGCGAGCACGGCAAGCUGCCGCUCGCCGUGAUCAGCUGGGACGAUCGCAGCCGGAACCUCGACGAAACCGCGCCGCGCACCUUCGUCGUGAACGCCGACAACUCGAUCUCGCCGACGAAGGCGACCCACCUGGCCUUUGGCAUCCGCGGAGCCCUGCCGGCGGUGGGCGCGCAGAUGGCCGAGCUGAAGAUGCAGGCGGGUGGCAAGCCCACCGUUGAAGAUGCCGAUCUUGAUGUUGGAUCGACGCCCUCGCACGGCAACCCGCCCUCCACCAACGACCUCAACUCUGAAUUGAACAACGUUGCCCGGAACACCGACGACACGGCCAGGGCGCGCGCUCUGGUCAAGGCGGGCGCGGAUCUUCGCUCGACCAACGGUCCGACGUGGCGCCACACGCCUCUGCACCAGGCGGCCUACCACGGUCGGUAUGAGAUGGCCAAGACCCUCGUUGAGCUCGGCGCUCCGCUGGACCUGCACUCGAAUCCGUGUGGGCGUGGUGCGACGGGAACGCCGCUCGAGCUCGCCCGCGGAGGUGGCCACCACCAGAUUGCUGACAUGCUCGAGAAGGCCGCUAGCGGCAAGCAGGGCCGAGUAGUCCGUCUCUUCAGCAAUCUUCUUCAGCGUAUCAAUCCUCGUGUGGCUCAGCUGGCUCCCCCGGUCAAGACCGGCUCUGUUGAGGGCCGCUGGGAGUUCUACCAGAACAUCGAUAUGGCCUACCAGGGCGACGUUGAGAUCAUCGACGACUGGCGCUCCCACACGAGCAUUGAUGAGCUGAAGACGAUUGUGGAGGAGAAGGGCUACUCGGCCAUAAGCGUCGGCUCCUUUGGCUUCGCCGCCCUCAAGUCCUUCGACUACCAGUUGACGAAGGAGCACUGCAAGCCGUCGCACGGCUACACGAACGAGCUCCACAUCUGGUUCCCGAGCGUAAGAGGUAGUAGACCCUUACCGAGCAGCGAGGCUGCCAAGUCGCCGAACGUGCCGGCGGGCUUCCACUUCCACGAAGGCUUCGGAGAGGCGACGCGCGGCGACCAAAUCGGCCACAUCACCUCCGGCGGCGUCGAGGGCCACUGCUUCAAGGGCGAUAAGCUGAGAUGGCCGCUCCAGUGGGCGGCCAUGAUUGGUGACGUCGAGGCCAUCGACGCACUCAUCGCCGCGGGCCACGACCCGAACGUCAAGAUGAGCGACUGGUACGACUCGGAGCCGCUGGGCUGGGCGGCAUCCUUUGGGCAGUGCAAGGCGAUCGAGGCGCUCUGCGCGCACGGCGCGGACCCCGGCCGCUCCGCCAACUUGGCGGGCUACACGCCGCUGUCGGACGCGCAGCGCGAGGGCCACACGAAGGCAAUUGCGCUCCUCAACGAGUACCUCUCGGGGUCGCGUACGAUCGGGCCCCACGAGCCAGAGUUUGCCGACAAGCCCGUGGUCACCGGCAAGCCCGUGACAAGCCGCACCUCCCCCCUCGAUCCGCCCGCGGCGGACUGGGACAGCCCAAUCGAGCUCACAGUCCACUCCAACCACGCGAUGCACGGAAAUGGGCCCAUCCAGCAUAUUCUCCAGUACGAUACAGGCAGCUUUGCCAACUUUGAUGCAGGCACACGACCGUGGUGGGUGAUCUUCGACGCCGGCAAGCCGCAAGCCGUCGGCGGCGUCGAGAUGGCCGCCUUUGUAGCCGAAGAGAGCCCAAAGGUCGUCGAACUGCUCGCUUCUGACGACCUCGCCCGCUGGGACCUGAUCGCCACUCUGAGCACCCCCGCACCGUGGGGCACGGACGCGGGGCCCAAGCAGUGGCCAAUCGACAAGCCGCACGUCGCGCGCUACUGGAAGAUCAACGUGACCGAUACGCACAAUGGGGUUGCACCUACCAUCCACUACUGCCGACUGGUGGCGCCGUCACAGAUGAAGUCGCUGCCGAUCGAGGGCGUGUGGCUGCCGAGCCCGGUCACCGCACACAGCCUAGUGCUCACGGGCGUGGCCUGCUUCCUGACCGGCUGGCUCGCCGCCCGCCACACCUACCGCACCUAGACCGCGCGGCGGCACUUGUUAUUGUUCCAAAAGACUAGUAUGUUCCAUCAUAGUAUAUUUAAAUGGCGGGACGCGGCACCCUUGGGU